CUAUAACAGAGAUCCAGGUUCAUAUUGCAGGACCUAAUAGUGGGAGCCUCAAUUUACUUACCAGCACUUUACAGUGCUUAUUGAAUUGCUGCAAUACUAGUGUUAGACAGAUCAUGAAGUUACAACUCCCCAAUCCAGGCCUGGAGGACAGGAUACUGUCCCAUCAGCAACUGGACGAACUGGAGAAAGACGAGGCUGGAGAUAGACCAAAAUGGGACAACAAGACCCAGUACAUGUUGACCUGUGUUGGGUUUUGUGUGGGACUUGGAAAUGUCUGGCGGUUCCCCUACUUGUGUCAGAGUCAUGGAGGAGGAGCAUUUAUGAUACCAUUUUUGAUCCUGCUGGUUCUUGAAGGAAUCCCACUUUUGCAUCUUGAGUUUGCUAUUGGUCAACGUUUAAGAAGAGGCAGUUUGGGAGUGUGGGCUACAAUUCAUCCCUAUUUGACUGGCAUUGGUAUUGCAUCUAUGUGUGUAUCUCUGACGAUCAGUCUCUACUACAACACCAUAAUGGCCUGGAUUCUGUGGUACUUCUUUAAUUCAUUCCAAGAGCCUCUGCCUUGGAGCCAAUGUCCUAUGAAUGCAAAUUUAACAGGCAGUGUUUCAGAGUGUGAGAGGAGCUCCCCUGUGGAUUAUUUCUGGUACAGAAAGACACUGAACACAACUCCAGCGAUUGAAGAAGAUGGCGGUCUACAGUGGUGGAUACUGUUAUGUCACAUAUGUGCAUGGUCUGUGCUCUAUAUUUGCAUCAUUCGUGGUAUUGAGACCACCGGGAAGGCUGUGUAUGUGACUUCGACCCUUCCCUACCUGGUGCUGACCAUUUUUCUGAUCAGAGGGUUGACCCUGAAAGGCUCUUUGAAUGGAGUUAAGUUUCUCUUCACACCAGACUUAACAGAGCUGGCUAAGCCAUCAACAUGGCUUGAUGCGGGUGCUCAAGUUUUCUAUUCCUUCUCUCUGGCUUUUGGUGGUCUUAUUUCUUUCUCCAGCUAUAACUCAGUGCAUAACAACUGUGAACAGGAUGCAGUGAUCAUCUCUAUCAUCAACGGUAUCACCUCAGUCUAUGCAGCAACUGUCAUUUACACCAUAAUCGGAUUCAGAGCAACAGAAAGAUUUGACAACUGUCUUUCUGGAAACAUCCUAGCUUUACUAAAUGUGUUUGAGCUUCCUGAGGGCACCAUCACUGACAGCAACUACAAUCAGGUUGUUCAGAAUCUUAAUGCAACACACCCUGAGGUCUUUCAACAGCUGGAUCUUAAGACCUGCAACUUAAAUACUUUUCUCAGUGAGGGAGUUGAAGGAACUGGUUUAGCCUUCAUUGUGUUCACUGAGGCUAUCACCAAGAUGCCCCUCUCUCCGUUGUGGGCGGUCCUUUUCUUCAUAAUGCUCUUCUGUCUCGGCCUGUCUUCCAUGUUUGGUAAUAUUGAAGGAGUUCUUGUACCACUGCAAGACCUCAAGGUCUUCCCUAAGACAUGGCCAAAAGAGGUUGUCACUGGUAUAACGUGCAUGCUCUGCUGUCUGGUGGGUCUGAUAUUUAUCCAAGGCUCAGGAAGCUAUUGGCUUUCACUCUUUGACACCUAUGGAGGAUCCAUCCCUCUGCUAGUUGUGGCAUUCUGCGAGAUGAUCUCGGUGGUCUACAUAUAUGGCAUAGACAGGUUCAAUGAUGAUAUUAAGUUCAUGAUAGGACACAAACCCAACUUCUUCUGGCAGGCGUCAUGGAGAGUCAUCAGCCCGCUCAUCAUGUUUAUCAUCUUGGUCUUUUACUUUGUCACUAAAGUUUCUGAAAAGAUCAGUUACAAAGCCUGGAAUCCUGAAUCGAAUACAUUCCCCACAUUGGAAGAAAAGCCAUAUCCAGGCUGGAUCUAUGCAAUCAUCUUUAUACUGGCAGGGAUACCCAGUCUUGCUGUGCCUUUAGUUUGUGUCUGGAGAUGCUUAAAGUCAAAGAUGAGGGUUAAGCCAGAUCUCGACCAUCUCUGACCAAAUUCAAAUGAACAAUGAGAGCAAA